ACAACACUUUGUUCUCUUAAAACAUGGUAAAACACACGCAUCUCCCAGCAAACACAUACAUUAAAAUUUAGCCAACACCCGCAGGUUUAUUUAUACCAGCAAACAUGUUCUCAGGCCAUAUCCGUAUGAUGCCCCACACCCGAAGGGGCACAGGACCACACAGUGAGGAGCAGCGCAUAUUUUCCGACUCGAACUAUGGAUCAAUUAAUCCAUCUGAAUAUAAAAUACCAUUCAUUUCCCGCACCUGGAUGCUUCUGCUGGACUAUAAGCAAUAUAAGGCAGCUCGAACUAUCCAACAAAACUGGCGAAAAUUCUACUUCCGUAGGAAGUUUCAGGACAAAAGGAAGGCAGCCAUCACGAUUCAGCGGUGGUGGCGAGGCUUUUCGGCCAGAAACAACUACUAUGGGUUCGUGGAGCGUAUGCUGCAGAAGAGGGUGGUGGAUCACUACAACCGAUCGGCCACCAAAAUUCAGGCUUUGUUCCGAGGCUGGUGGAGUCGGCAAACGGUGCACGACCACAGCAAAUUGCUCAGGUUACAGGUGUGUGCCGCCGAGGAUCUGCUAAAUUGCGUGGCCUUCAAGCUGCAUCACCUGCUGCGCACCUACGCAAUUCCCGGCGUCUACUCCCUGAAGAACUCCAACUGCAUGUCGCGUAUAGAGAAACUGCUGGCAAGCCUGCAUUUUCGGUUUCAUAAGGGAAACGUGAAAUCGCAAGUGGCGAAACAUUCGGCCGAUAGAAAUAAGGAUCGAAAUAAUUUUAAAAAGAGCGAUAAGCUAAGCAAAAUUCCGUUUGAAGGGGCGCGCUAUUGGAGCCAAUGCAAGCCGAAAUGCGAAAAUGCCUUAAAAUUGUUCAAGGAUAUCGACAAACGCAUGUACAGGAUCAUUGAGAUGUAUGAUGCUUCACAGAGGGACGCUCAUGCGGCGUUGAUGCAAAAGAAAUUUGCGCACAGAAAGCAACAUAAGCUCAUGCAUAACAUCAAGAAGUCUGAGGAGAAAAAUAAGCGCGACUUUUGCGGCGAUGUCAUAGCCAGCAUGCGCCGCUGGAAAAUUCUGGUGGACAACACAUUGAGCGUGGAUAAGAACAUCUUUAGGAAACCGGAAAAUCUGGAGAAGUUCCUCACCGAAAUAUCUCCUUUCGUGAAAGAGUUUGAGAGCUGCUCCUGCUAUUGCCGUAUUCCCGUCUUAACCGAAAUCUAUUGCGGCUAAAAGUCUUGUAAAAUACUAAAUGUGUCCCACUUAAAAGUCUAAUAAAACAUCAAUGCAAAUUG